CGCAUGCGCACUACCUCGAAUCAGUGUCCAGCGCUCCAACGGCUACAUUUGUCGGCUAAUAUCAACUAAACGUCUUUUAUAAUGCAAAUUAUGGUCAGUUGUACCCAUCCUGCUCGAUAACAGUUGGGUUCCGGACGACUUUUACGGAAUUUAAUAACCAUUUCGAUUUAUUAUUCGCACUACGCCUUCGUUCCCAGUUGCUGAAAAACUCCACUACCCGUCAGCCCUCUGUUUAUUGUCUGAAGCCAGGAGGUAGCUUCAUUCCUGCUGCACUAUCUGAGCAGCUGUGCACACUGGCUGCUGAGGUACAAUUGAGAAAUUGCUCCUACCUUAUUGACUGCACUCGAGCACCAGCUGUUGCCCGGACUGUGAGCCGUCUGUGAUGGGGAACUGGAGUCAAUAACCGCUGCAACCGUGUGUUAGCCUGAGCUCAGCAAGUUCACCAUGAUGUCCAUGACGUUUGGGGUGUCAACCAGCGUGACACUGCUGUUUGACUUCUGGGAUGUGCACGGACCCGCAGGGAUGGUGCUGUCAGUGUUUGUGGUUCUGCUGCUGACAGUCUUCUACGAGGUGCUCAAAGUGUGGAGGGUGUGGCUGGGGACCAGUUCCAAACUGGCUCAGCCUCAGUCUGCGUACGCUGCCCCUCCGUCCAGUCGCAGCGACAGCAUCUCUGUGCUGGAAAGCAGCCCCUCUGAGUCCUCGCUGACCCCCAUUGAGUCACAACCUCCCACUCGAAUCACCAGAAACAGUGUGUUGCUGCAUGGUAUCCAGACAGUCCUCCACAUACUGCAGGUGACUCUGGGCUACAUGCUGAUGCUGUGCGUCAUGUCCUACAACACCUGGAUCUUCCUCGGGGUCAUCGUGGGAUCAGCCCUCGGCUAUUUCAUCUCAUUCCCUCUCCUAGGUAAAACCUGACGGUCAAGACAGUGCACACAGAGGACAGCUUGUUUCCCCCUUGAGUUAAAAGGACCGCAUGCUCUGGAUACUACACAUGGGAAACUUGACUAAUAUCAGCGUGUCGUUCCUUUGCCCUCUGGCACAGUUAGCAUUUGUGAACAUUUUAACACUGAGAGGGCACGAGAGGGGAAUUCUUUGUAUGCUGAAGGAUGAGCUGCACAACGCUAACGCACACUACAGUUGCUUUAACUCUUCUGGAUCUGGAAACUGAAACUUUUUCACGCACAAAAUCAUUCUGAUGUCCAACACCAGUUUCAGACUUUGUGUUAUGGCCUCCGGAUUCAGUUGUUAACUUGGAAACUGGAAAUACAAAGUUUAACAUUUGUCUUACACCAAAGACACCACUGUGUACGAUUUUAGCAUUUGUAAGUUUUUCUUUACUGAUAAAGGGACAUCAUAUUCUGUUUCUAAGGCUUAGUCUUGAUAGUCUACUCACACAGCAAACAUCUAAGAGAACAAUGCCAGUAGAAAGAAGAUUUUAGUCUGGAGGGGAGGGAGUGCUGCUUGCUUAAACUCUUUUCUUUUUUGUUUGCUUAUCCUAAAAUGCAUCCCAAUCUUCCACAGCUGACAGACAACACAGCUCAGAGAUGGAAAGUCAUGCGUAGCUUGUGGCAUAUUAUGGUUAUUUCUGAAAUUGUGUUUUUCUGGUUGACCUUGGCAGACUUUUUAAACUACUACGCUGCAUUUUACUAAACAGUUCAAGGUGUUAUGACACUACAGAUUGUCAAAAAAUAGAUUUCAUGUCAGUUAUAAAAGACUAACUCUUGACUAUUUUGACAAGACACUCCUAUGGCUUUAAAGUGGAACUCAUCCUAAAGACUUCUAUUUUUGAAUGCUUAAAAAGCAACGUUUUGUGAUUUGAACCAACAACAGUGGAUUAUUUGUCCCUCUUCAGUAUUUUGGAGUGAAACCUGAAAGUGGACACACACUUGGAACUGAGACUCACAGUCAGAUGUCAUAAGAAAGGGCUCCGAUUCAGGAACUGAAUCAUGUGAUUGCAGCUGGUCAACUUAAUGUGUGUCACUGGCUCACUAACCAAUCAGAGUCAUUGUCACGCAUACAUCAGGGGUUAGUGAAAGUUGAUCAUGUGGUUGUGUGGCAAUCAUUGACAAACCAUGGACCUGCAAAGAAAAGAACCUUGCAACAAUCUUAACUCUUAACAAUAGUAAAAAAAUAAAAUAUGUCUGAUGAUUUGAGGUGGUUUUCAAACAUUUUCUUAGUGAUGGUUUUCUGUCACAAGAACUUGAAAUAAAAAAUAAAGAAGAAAGCUGAUGAAA